GCAAGGAGCCACUCAGACAGAAGUGCUCUUGGUGUUCCUUUCUUACAAACUCUCACUCGGGUGUGCCGAAGGUGGCGAUCAACAAAGUGUGGCGAUGGCGGCCCGGUCUGUUUGGGCAUGUUUGGUUGUGACUGUGCUUGUCUAUACAGUAUCGCAAGUCAGUGCCAAUGAAGAGUCUAAGCUCAUAGCAGAUAUUUUUAAGAAUUACAGUAAGAACAUCCGGCCAGCGAAGCACCCAGAUGACAAGGUGGAUGUUCAGGUCAAACUCACCCUCACCAACCUGAUCUCCUUGAACGAGAAAGAGGAGACGCUAACCACCAGUGUAUGGCUCGAGAUCCAAUGGAAUGACUAUCGUCUAACAUGGAACACCUCAGAGUACUACGGCAUCGAUAUUAUCCGUGUACCCUGCACCACUGUGUGGCGGCCGGAUAUAGUGCUGGAGAAUAACAUCGAUGGGAAUUUUGAUGUCGCGUACUAUGCUAACGUGCUAAUCUCCAGUGAUGGCUCCGUGUACUGGUUACCCCCAGCCAUCUACCGCAGCACCUGCGCUAUAGAGAUUACCUACUUCCCAUUCGACUGGCAAAACUGUACGCUGAUCUUCAGGUCUCAGACAUACAGCGCUAACGAGAUCAACAUAAUCUUGGCUAUUGAUGGCGACACCAACAUGCCCAUUGAGUGGGUGGAAAUCGACCCCGAGGCCUUCACUGAAAACGGUGAGUGGGCUAUCAAGCAUCGGCCGGCACGCAAACUUACCAACCCACGCUAUUCCCCGGAUGACCUGGAGUACCAGGAGGUCUACUUCAACCUCAUUAUCCAGAGAAAACCCCUCUUCUACAUCAUCAACAUCAUUCUGCCCUGUUCACUCAUCUCCUCACUCGUCGUACUGGCCUACUUCAUGCCUGCUAAGGCGGGAGGACAGAAGAUAACCGUGUCCAUCUCCGUCCUCCUGGCUCAGACUGUCUUCCUCUUUCUGAUCGCUCAGAAGGUUCCAGAAACAUCUCUCUCUGUACCUCUUAUCGGAAAGUACCUGAUCUUCGUCAUGUCUGUCACUACGCUCAUCGUCACAAACUGCAUCAUCGUUCUGAACUACUCCUGCCGGACCCCGAGCACACACUCCAUGUCUCGCAGACUCAAACAUAUUUUCCUGGAGGUGAUCCCUCGGUUCCUGGGUAUGACCCCGCUGGUGGACGAGGGAGAAGAAGCUGCAGGGAUGGAUGGAGUAAGGGAAAGGAGACGCAGCUCAUUUGGCCUGAUGCAGCGGGCGGAGGAGUACGUGUUGAAGCAGCCACGGAGCGAGAUGAUGUUUGAUAAGCAGAGAGAGAGACAUGGGCUCACACGAUCGUUCGUGGACGCUAUCGAUGUGAGCACCACGGCCAGACUGUACAAAAGUUUGGCGCAAGCAGCACCAGAGAUUAAAGAGUGUGUGGACGCCUGCAACUUUAUAGCAGAGAGCACAAGGGAACAGAAUGACAUUGGCUCUGAGAUGGAGAGCUGGGUGCUGAUCGGCAAGAUGAUCGAUAAAGUCUGCUUCUGGGCGGCCAUCUUGCUCUUCUCCAUCGGAACGGUGGCCAUCUUCCUCAUGGGUCAUUUCAACCAGGUGCCCGAGUACCCUUUCUCCUGGGAGAAUAAAAAAUACAUUCGUGAGUAAAGGGCGAGCUGUUCCUGUCUGCUGAUGGUCUCACAGAAAAAGAGAGGUCGAGAGAGAGAGACCGAGACAAGGAGGAAGCACAAGCAUUCUGUCCAUCAUAUUAGCAUUUAAUCAUGCUAAUACUAGAGGUUUUUGGCAUGAGGCCACCUCAGAAACGCAUACUAACCACCUUACACUGCAAGACCCAUGCAGAAACAGAAGGUUAUGCCUCAAAGCACAUUUUACUCAUUCUUCUGUGCCAACACAUAUACUCCACCUAGCAAAACAAUGGUAUCAUUUUUUUUUUUAUCACACAGCAUUUCAAGGUGCAGUUCAAAAGUGUUUAUACAGCUGAAAUAGUCACAUCGUUUCACGGAGAAAAGUCUGAGCUAAAGUGUUGCCUUGCAAUGAAGUUUGUUAGUUAUUUUGUUAAUAUAUAGAUAAAGCAUUUGUUUACAUUUUUCUGGCCCUGAAACGAGCUCUUCCACCUCAUCACUUCACCGCAUCGUUUUUUCAGCUCACGAGCAAGACGUAAUUUGAAUAGAGAAGACAGGCUUAUGGUUGAGGUUCGAGAAGGGUUUAGAAAAAAAAAAAAAAAAAAGGGCGCUUAAAAUGACAGACCGCUUCUUUAAAGUGUGAUGAUGUGCCCUGGUCAUCUUUGUUGAACUGAUGGAUGAAGUGUGGCUCAUUUGUUGUUGUUGUUGUUGUUUUUUUGUGAUGUAUUCCAUAAAGCUUAAGGUGUUUUUGAAAUCCUGUCAUUUUGCUUUUACAGUGCUUCUCCACGUGUUUACUGUAUUUAUCUUACUAUUCUGUAGUAGCAGUGAUUAAAU